AUGGAGGUUGAGCAAGGUGAGGAUUUGAUUCUUCACAAACAUUGCAAGGCGAUGAUUUGCUCAAGGCGUGACUGUGUAGUUGACGUGAAGGGAUACUUGAGCAAAGAGAGAGGACUAGAUGAGCUUGAGCUUGGCGGUUCGGUUCUUAACCAGAAGUUUAUAAAGACUGUUGAAUGUAGCUCACCGAAAUCUAAUCUUAGUAGGUUCUCUCGGAAAGAGGAAGAAGUGGUUAAAGAAGAAGAGUGA